AUUCCUCGACUCGAGUUCAUCAUCGCCACCAGUUCAACGCUAUUCGUCGGGUCGUUCGGUUGCGUGUUCGUGUUGUAUCGUCCGCGAAUCGUCGUGGCGUUCCCUCUCAACAGUAGUGUCUCACCCCCGCAUUGCCCGUGUUUGGGUGUUUAUAACUGGUGUCAUUCCCUGCCUCCGGCCUGGCCCCGUGUUCAUAAAUAUUAGAUGCCGAAAGGAGAUAUUCUACCUGGCGGAAAUUGGCCUUCAAAAUAUGAAGUGCCAGUAGUGUGAAUGGUUUUGUUUGUGUGCUCCAGCAUCAAUCAAAUGCUUUUGGUGUGAGAUAAGAAAGAUUGCUGUCCCGCCGCAGAAACAAGGCGCUGCUGCUUUCUGUGCUUUUUUAUUGUAAUAUUUCCCGCAAAUGGUGUUUAGUGCCGCUGCCUCGUAGCAUCCCGUGAAAUUUUCGCAGCAAAAUGUAUUUCGAAUCGUGUAUAAGUAGAAAAAUAGUGAUCGGUUUUAUCUGCCUCCUGGUGCAGAUUAGCUGCGGGAUAACUCAGCUGGUGAUCAAUGUACAGAAUCAGGGUGGCGAGGUGGUACAGGAGACAAUAACGUCCAGCGUAAGUGACGACACGUGUACGCUUGAGUUCCAGCGAAGUGACGGAACGCUGAUAACCAAGCUAAUCGACUUCAGAAGUGAAGUUCAAGUGCUAAAAGCCCUGGUCCUGGGCGAGGAGGAACGCGGCCAAAGCCAGUACCAGGUGAUGUGCUUCGUGACUAAAUUUCAAAAGGGAGAUUUCAUCACAGCCGAUGCGAUGGCAAAAUUACGACAGAAAAAUCCCAGCACCAUCCGGACGCCGGAGGAGGACAAGGGCAAGGAAAACUACACGAUGACGGGCUGGGUGCUGUUGGACCGAGCGGCGCCCAUUUCCCGCCACAUAGCACCACUGUGUUCAGAGGCCCAGGAAUCAACGUACGCUCGGGAUGUCGAUCUCAGAGCGUGGGCCGAGCUGCCAGGUUCCUCGAUAUCGAUACUGGAAUCGGUGGUCAAACCGUUCCCGUCGGUGACGACCGCUAGUCCACCGUCGCGCUGCAGCGAUGUGUCCGCCAUUUGGGCCCCCUGCAUCUGCACGCUGGAGAUGUGCAUCGGGUGGUACCCCUGCGGACUAAAGUACUGCAAGGGUAAACCGGACAGCAAUCCGCUGCUGAACGGUGUGGGCGGUAGUUCCAGCUACCGCUGUGGCAUCAAAACUUGCCGCAAGUGCCAUCAAUACUCGUACUACGUACGGGAGAAGCAGCAGUGCCUCUGGGAUGAAUGACCACUGGAGGAGGGCCAUCAUGACGACACCAACUUCAAUAAUAUUUGUGAACAACCAAAAAAACAUCAACAACGGAAACUCAAACGAAGCGUUGCGAAAUCGUUGGAGUUAGAAACCCUCGCAAGAAACAAUCGAACAACGAGAAUUGCAACAUCUGAACAACGCGAGAGUGACAGCGCUAGAUGCGACCCAUUAUUGGCAGCAGCGACAGGGACAACUUCGAAUUGUAAUAAUAGCGUUAAGAAUACUAAUAGUUAUAUUAGAACCAGAGCUAGCAUUAGGGGGAAAUCGGUGGCGGUGGCGACCGAAACAAUCAGUGAAUUUAAUUUUUUACUCCGAUAUUAUGCGCCACCAAUGCAGCCGAGCCGUUACCGAGUGUAUUACGAAGGUGGCGGACGGCCGGAUGGUAUGGCAGAACCAGAUCCAAAAACUAUUCUAACAGAUGUAGAAGUACGUUUAAAGUUUAAUGAAAUUAUUUUAUAGCACAAAUAGGUUUGGAACUUUUCACUUCUCUUUUGUUUUGUAUUGCAUCCGCAAGCCCUAUUGCUUCUGGCAACAACAGAAAUAUCACAUUCCCUACAUGGGAUCACGAGAGUCCUGUUUCGAUGUAUUAGGCCGCUGCAAAAGUUUAUUUUUCUUAUUUCGUUCCACUUGAGGGUGCGCUCUCGCUCAU